AUGCGCACCUCUUCCGAACUUGCUCAUGUCGGGAAGGGGCUUGAAUGUCUUCCAUCCGCACUUUUAGCAGUUCAUCCACAGUUAAAACCGUUCUCGACAUUUGCGUCAUUGCGCACCCCUGCCACGACUGUCAGUUCACUGCCUGUGUCACUGCCAAGCAUCCUUCAAUUUGUUCGUACGCAGCUGCGUAAUGCGACUCAUAGAGACGUGUUCCGUUCCGGAUAUCGUCGCCCACCCCGCAGGCCGAACUGGUUAGAUUCAAUAAACGGAAACGUCAUAUUCGUGGCCAUCAUUGCAAUAAACGCUGGCGUGUUUCUCCUCUGGCAGGGAGCCAAGUCCACAUACCAAACCACUCGAGACCCCACACUCUUGAUCUUCCUCCGGAACAACUUUUUAGUCAACUGGAAUAACAUCACCUCCGGUCGCGUGUGGACGCUGAUCACCUCGUGCUUCUCCCAUCAAGACAUAGAGCAUGCAUUGUUCAAUGGGCUUUCAUUUUACUUCAUGGCCCCUGGCGUCAUGCAGGUCCUCGGGAACUCUCGCUUCUUGGGACUCUACUUCCUCGGUGGCAUCGCAUCCAGUUUGACGAGUCUCGUAUGGAACCGUUUCUACAAGCAUGACAACAUCUCUUCGCAUGGUGCUAGUGGCGCAAUACUAGCGACUGUCGCGUUUUACGCCUGCGCAUUCCCAAGAACGACAUUUUUGAUUUUCUUCGUCGUUCCUUGUCCUGCGUGGGCGUUCCUUCCUGGAAUCCUCGCGUUUGACGUGUAUAGGAGUGUAACAGAUGCUAGAACGAGAACGGAUGCAGCAGGUCAUGUCGGUGGAAUGCUGUCAGGCAUAGGUUUCUUCUUAUGGAAAGUGGCUCUUCGUCGCUAG